AUGCUGUACGAAUUAAUCGGAGUGGUCCGCCAAGGCAGCUUGACCGAAGUCAGGGAGUUCGUCCAUCCCAUCCAAUUCCACCCUCGCAGAUUCCCGACGUCACCAGCUAACCUUCCGCCCUGCAGAAUCGCUCAGACUGUCGGCUCCCUUGUUGUCAAGAACGGCGGCGUCAUCCGCGGCCUCGCCAAUUGGGGCGUGUUCGCCCUCCCCCGCCCCGUUUCCAUCCAUCAGAUGAGGCACACCCACGGCCACUACUUCGUUAUGCGAUACGACGCCUCGGCCAAGGUGCACCAAGAUGUCCGCUCCACACUCCGCUUAGAGCCCAGAAUGAUUCGAUCGGCACAUGUCAAGCUCGGUGAUGGAAAGCUUGAGACCCUUGCGCGAUUCGGGGCACCCAAGUGGCAAGAAUCGAGAUCAUAA